UUCCACACGCUCUACUCCUCCCUGUCCCCCGCCUCCAUUAAAUCGCGUAUCAUUCCAUUCUAUCCUCUUGCAAAAACAUCUGCACGUCCCUCGUACUAUACCUUGUUUUUGGUCUCCAUUAAUAUUGCUCAAUCCUAGCGGCGAGUCCUGCCACCUGCAGGUUUCGACGACCCCAUAGCGAUCGCCCUUUAGGGUCCGGGUUGCAGGGUAUAUCGUAGGGGGCCGCCGGAGACCGGAGAGCCGGAGGUCAUCUCCCUUCCUUCCCGGCAACGUGCCAAUCGCCAAGUUCGACGGUGCGCUUGGACGGCAGCAAUGGCGUCGUCCCGUCCGUACCGGUUCCCCGCUCUAUGCGAAGACGAGCCCGCGCGACGAACCAGCGCCAGACAGUCGUGCGGGACGUGCGGCGCGGCGGCGGUGGCGAACUGCGUGGCGCUGUGCUGCUGCCCGUGCGCCGUGGUGAGCUGCUUCACGCUGGCGCUCGUGAAGGCCCCUUACGUGGCCGGCCGACGGUGGGUCAGGGUGGCCAAGACGCGGCGGCGGAAGACGAAGCGCGUCCGGAACCUGGAUGACCAGCUAGACCACGUGGAGGGGCUCGGCGGCGGCGGCCAGUGCAAUGGCACCGAGCGGGCGAGCAAGGAGAGCUGGGGCGAGCCGGGCGGGGCCGCCGCCCCGCGGUGGUGGAGCAGUACGAUCGAUGAGAGUGUGGCCAGAGAGGGCAGGAUGAGGGUGAGCGUGACGGAGAAGGCAUGGAUCGAGAUGUACGAGGUCGGGCACUGGGGGUUCGGCCGCCUCUCCUUCUCGGUGGCCGGAGACGCCGCGGCAGCGCAGGUCGUCAGAAGUGACCCCGAGGAGGAUGGCAGUGCACGUGCUGGUGCUGGUCGGUGACCGAGUUUGUGCGCCGUGCGUGUCCCCGUUUUGUGUUUGUACAGACUUUGCUGCAAUCGACGACGUGAGAUUGUGUGGUUUGAGAGAUGCAGUGUACAGUACAACUUUUAGUUCAUCCGAAUGGGAGAAUGUGAUGCAAGCAAAGGAUUUCGAUUUUUCCAUCGUUUGAUGAAUAUUUGCAUCUUUGCUGUACGAACUUUAUAAGAAUGCGCCGACCAAACAUGAAUUGUUUACAUGUUACAAGUCAAGCAUCACAAAUCAUGUAGCAUUGUAGCUAGAUGGGCUUAGCUCCCCUGUGUUGUACUAUGAUACCUCUAUUUGGCGUGUA